AUGUUUCGAGAUGAAUCGCAAGGUCUCAGUGCUAGACGCCAACGCCUCAAAGACUCCUCGGGUCAGAGAGCAGCCCUCGUUGAGUUGGACGGUCAGAAAGCCCACGUGUCGAAAUCCGUUGUUGUCUCCGGCUCUCGGUCUCCCAGCCCACCUCUCGCCCUCCCCGUCCUCACCAUCAACCCUUCAUUCUCCGCAGAAGAACAAGCCACUUGCUUCUUCUUUGAAAACUAUGUGGUCGGGAACGACAUUUUUGCAACAGGAAGCUUCGAAUUUCUCCCUGAUGUCUAUUUCACUACAGACGUCGGGAGCGCUUUGUCUGACAGCUUAACAGCUAUCGGACUUGUUGGCCUCGCUCAUUUUUACAAAGCCUCCAGCUUAAUGCUCAAUGCUACCUUCAAAUACAACUCAGCGAUGCGGACAUUGAGUUCUCAGCUAAGGAGCAUGGAGCAGGCAAAGUCAGACCAAACGUUCAUAGCAAUUAUGCUACUUGCGUAUUACGAAGUCAAUACCUGCAACAGCCGUCAAUCAAUGGACACUUGGUCAAAACACAUGGACGGAGCUUCAGCACUCAUGCAACUUCGAGGAAGAGAAGCUCUCCGAACACCGGUGGGCUAUCAACUUUUCAAACAACUUAGAACUCAGGUUAUAAUCAAUUGCAUGCACCGACAAGCCGCCGUCCCGGCAUUUAUCACCGAAUGGAGCAAUGAGCUGGACUUCGAGUCCGUGGAGCAGGCAUACGGGACAACACUAUCAUUACUAGUCAUAAGAUAUGCCAACUUGAGAGCAUCGAUGUCUUGCUGGAAAGAUUAUAGCGAUCCGCAACGCCUGAUCUCCGCGGCGUAUGAACUAGAAUGCGAUCUUGCAGCAUGGGCAAAAUCAUGCCCUCUACACUACAUCUAUCAGACAGUCAACUUGAAUGAGAGAGUCGAUGAAGUGUUUUCGGAUCAUUACCAUCUGUACGCAAAUGUUUGGGUAGCUACGACCUGGAAUCAUUACCGCUGCGCACGACUCUUGACCAACGAACUCAUCCUGGAUCAACUUGGCCAUCUGUACGAAACCGAGCCCACAUCUCCACUCCUCUUAAGCCAUAAAUGCUACUCUGAGAGUCAAAUGCUCGAAUCGAACGCCAACCUCAUGCACCUUUGCGAAGAUAUCUGUGCCAGCGUACCAUACUUUCUCGGCAUCGACUUCGAAGCCGGAGAAGGAUCAAUACGACAACUCCCCAAGGCAAUGUAUGCGAAUCUCCUCAUCUGGCCUUUGUACACUGCAGGUGCCACUUGGCUUGUAUCAGAUGUGAUGAUCAACUGGGUAGCUGGAAGGUUGGAGUGGAUUGCGGAUGUGAUGGGUAUUCGACAAGCAGGUGCACAUGCACUGUUUCUGAGGAAGAAGAAACAUCUUUUGAGUUGGGAUGAGAAAUCUAAGAUCGGUGAGGAUCAUGUUCUGCAAGCAGGUGAUGCUGGCUUUGAGAGCUCUUCACUUGACUUCGAAAGUGGAUCCGAGAAUCAACUCGUCGACCUGCCUUACAGAAGCGUCGAAGAUUGA